AUGGUGCUCAUCAAUGACAAGAAGUUCGCUUGCGAGGCAUGCAUCAAAGGACAUCGCUCUUCCAGUUGUGGACACUCGGAUCGCCCCCUCUAUGAAAUCAAGAAGAAGGGCCGUCCUGUAUCCCAGUGCAUGAACUGCCGCGAGGCGCGCUCCAAGAAGAAGGUACACUCGAAAUGCACCUGCGCCGAGGUCAAACCGGCGCGCGCGGAGAAGGCUUUUGGUACGAAACAGAAGCGGUACAUGCCGCUGGAGCCAACCCUUCCAAAUGGGCUCGCAGACGCUAUGGCACAGCGCAAACCGUCUGAGAAUGAUACACCGGCCAAUCCGCGACAGAAAGUUGACGCCCUAUUGAACCCUUGCUCGUGUCCUGAUGUUUGGACUUGUACCUGCGACAAGCGCGCAUCGGCAUCUGCCUCUGCAUUUGCGGUGGCUUCGGCAUCCUCAGCAGAACCCAGCGGUCUUGACGCUCUCGCGCGUGCCGCUGAGGAACUGUUCAGGGCCGAUGAACACGGACAGGCGCCCAAACAGGCGCCGGUGCAGCUUCCGGCAAACCAGGCAGAGCCGCGCUCGCGCAAACACUGCUGCUCGCCUCGUAGCUCGCCUGCGCCUGCUCCCAAGCGUGCCAAGACACAUUCCUCGCCAACACCCGGCCCCGAUCUCCCUCCGCUACUCUUCUCACCUGCUUCCCUACCGGACUUCCCCACGACGAGCGAGAUGCCCAGCUUCAGCAAGCUCGAGACGAUCGCGGGCUCAGGUUGCUCGUGCGGCGUGAAUUGCUCGUGUCUUGGAUGCGCAGAGCACGAUCGAGACGAUUCUUCCGCCGAGCGCUGCGGCGACUCGUGUGGCAACUGCGUCGACCCGUCCACUGGCGUGCUCCCCGGCGAGGCCGCGGAUGCAGGGGAGAGUAGUGUUGCCCGCAGCGCCAUCUUCGAAAAGUUCUUCAAGAAUGCCGCGCUGCUUCCGCCGCCGCCGAUAUUAGGAGGGCGGCCGGUGGAGAUCCCCAAACUUUGCUGUGGGGGCAGCUGUGGAUGUGGAGGAGAAUGCGGUUGUGGGUCGGCAUGCGGAGGUUGCUGUGCCGAGAAAGAGGGCAAAGAGGAGGAAGUAUCGCCGCUUCCACCUCCGGUGCCUGUGAAGAAGAGCUGCUGUUCGUCUUGA